UGGAUAUGAAUCAUUUGCUGCAGAAGAGGUCCAAGUAAUUGUUCCCCAGUUUUAUGCACCAAACAAGUCCUUCACCUGCAGCGUAUUCUUCUGAGGAUUUCAGCAGGUUCAAGUUUGUUUUCAAGAAACUUCUAACUUAAGUCACUGAAUCCAAAAUGGAUAUAAAAGAUCGUAGACACAGAUCUCUGACAAGAGGGCGUUGUGGGAAAGAAUGUCGAUACACCAGCUCUUCAUUGGAUGGGGAAGAAUGCAGAGUGCCUACUCAAAAGUCUUACAGCUCCAGUGAAACAUUAAAGGCAUUUGAUCAUGAAAACAGAAUGCAUUAUGGGAAUCGUGUCUCAGAACUUGUUCACAGGGAGUCUGAUGAAUUUCCAAGACAAGGGAAUAAUUUUACCCUGGCAGAGCUGGGAAUCUGUGAGCCUUCUCCCCACAGAAGUGGCUAUUGCUCAGAUAUUGGAAUACUACAUCAAGGCUAUGCCCUAAGUGCACCAUCUGAUGCUGAUUCGGAUACAGAAGGAGGACUGUCUCCAGAGCAUGCUAUACGAUUAUGGGGCAGAAGCAUAAAAUCAAGGCGCAGCUCUGGCCUCUCAAGCCGCGAAAACUCAGCUCUCACUCUGACUGAUUCGGAGAAUGAAAAUAAAUCCGAUGAAGAGAACGGUAGGGUUUUUUUCCUUCACAAAGAUUUAUCUUGAGGUGUAUAAACUGAAAAAUGUUCUAUAGAAGAAAUUAAUUAUCCUCUUACCAACACUGUCUUAGACAAUGUGCUAUUACAAACCUGAUUAGCUUCCCAAUAAAGCAUCUGGCUAUAAGAUAUUAUUUAUAACACCUAUUGGUUUUAUAUAUAAAAAGUUAAUGUA